AUGCCGGCCAGUGACAGACGGCGGAGGGGCCAGGACCGGCACUACGACGAGGUCCCGCAGGGCGACGGCUCGGUGGGAAGCCUCGCGGCGCUCCGCGACGGGGAGCUGGCACUCAGCGCCGACCCGCUGCCGCCGCCCCCGCUGCCCGUCCGGCCGCCCUGCGGGCCGCGCUCCGAGGCCAGCGACGCCGAGGAGCCGGCCGUGGCCCCGGACCUCCGGCCCGUGCGGCGCUUCGUGCCCGAGUCCUGGAAGCGCUUUUUCCGAGGGAGGCGGAGGAGGGACCCGGACUGGGACAGGCCCGCGUCGGACAUCCGAUACAUCUCCGACGGGGUGGAGUGCUCCCCGCCCGCCUCGCCGGGCUGGCCGGGGCCGCAGCGCCCCAACGGCGGCGGCAGCUGGGGCCCGGAGCCCGGCCGGGGGCCCGGGGGCGGCGUGGACCCCCGGGCAGGGGUGGACGCCCCGUGUCCCGCCGACCCCGGCAGCGCCCUCGGCCGGCCGGCGCUCGCGGCCCGCGCCUACCGCGAGGAGGUGGAGGCCUACCACCUGCGGUACGCCUACAUGAAGUCCUGGGCCGGCCUGCUGAGGAUCCUGGGGGGCGCCGAGCUGCUCCUGGGCGCCGCCGUCUUCGCCUGCGUCACCGCCUACGUCCACAAGGACAGCGAGUGGUACAACCAGUUCGGCUACGCGCAGCCCUACGGCGUGGCCGGCGUGGGCGGCCUGGGCAGCGCCUACAGCGGCUACUACUACAGCGGCCCCAAGACCCCCUUCGUGCUCGUGGUGGCCGGGCUGGCCUGGAUCGCCACCGUCAUCGUCCUGGUGCUCGGCAUGUCCCUGUACUACCGGACCAUCCUGCUGGACUCCAGCUGGUGGCCGCUCACCGAGUUCGGGAUCAACGUGUCCUUGUUCGUGCUGUACAUGGCAGCGGCCAUCGUCUACGUGGACGAUACCAACCGGGGCGGGCUCUGCUCCUACCCCGCGUUCAACACGGUGAUGAACAUCCUCUUCUGCCGGGUGGAGAGCGGGCAGGUCGCGGCCAUCGUCUUCCUGUUUGUCACCAUGAUUGUCUAUCUCAUCAGCGCCCUGGUGUGCCUCAAGCUCUGGCGGCACGAGGCGGCGCGGCGACACAGGGAGUACCUGGAGCAGCAGGAGAUAAGUGAGCCAUCAUUUCCAUCGAAAAGGAGAGUGUGUGAAACAGCAGCCGGCGGUGACAGACAGAGGGACCACGAGGUGAAUUUCCAAGAGCUGAGAGGCCCCCAAAUGAAGCCCGACGUCCUGAGCGGACACAUCCCACCGGGCCACAUCCCAAAGCCCGUGGUGCUGCCCGAUUACGUGGCAAAAUACCCGGUCAUUCAGACGGAUGAUGAACGGGAGCGCUAUAAAGCCGUGUUCCAAGACCAGUUCUCAGAGUACAAAGAGCUCUCCGCAGAGGUGCAGGCCAUCCUGCGGAAGCUGGACGAGCUGGAUGCAGUGAUGAGCAGACUGCCCCACCGCUCAGAACACCACCAGGAACAUGAAAGAAUUUCAAGAAUCCACGAAGAGUUUAAGAGAAAAAAGAAUGAUCCUACAUUUCUUGAAAAAAAAGAACGCUGUGAUUAUCUGAAGAAUAAACUGUCUCAUAUAAAACAAAGAAUCCAAGAAUAUGAUAAAGUAAUGAAUUGGGAUAUACAAGGUUACCGUUAAGCCUUAUUUGAAACAACUUUUUUAUAUCAAAACUUAAUAUUUAUUUACUGACUUUUUUUUUUAAUUCAAAUCUCUGAUAGAGAAGCCAGGGCUUCCUGAUGGACCUCUGCGUUGGUUUAGCCAGUAGCAAUGGUCAAACAAUAUAAUUUCAUGCAAACAUUUCACAACAGGGCCAGAGAGAUGGCGCAAAGGGCUGAGCACAUGCUUUGCAUGCAUGGGGUCUGGGAUCAUCUCUAGCACCGUGUGGUCCCUGAGCACUGCCAGAGCAACCCCUCAGCACAGAGCCAAGAGUAAUCCCGGAGUGCCACCCGGUGUGAUCCCAAAAUAAAGAACCCAUUUCUCCAUAAAUUCGGGUGUAUUAAGGGCCCUAACUAAGACUGACAUUAUGUAUUCGUUUAUAUAUAACUUCUUAAUCAUAGUUCUUGUUAAACUAAGGGGCUUGGGUGUGACUCGGUAGUUGAACACAUGCCCAGUAUGUUGUAUGACCCUGAGUUUAGCUGCCCAGCACCACCAGGUGUGGCCCUGGUCUCCUCCAAACAUCACCAGGAGUGAGCCCCCACCCCCAGCCCUCCAAAGCAACAACAGAAAAAAAAAAAAAAAACUUCUUUCAGAGUGCCUGAGGUUUUUCUGUAAAGCACUUGCUCUCACCCAUGGAGCUACCUCCCUAGCCAAAAUGCCUUAUUUUUAUUCAUAUGAACAAUGAAUGCCUUAAAAAAAAAAGAAGAAGAAGAAGUGAAAACUGCAGGAACAAAAAGGUCUUUAACGCCCUUUGUUAUUAACUCCUGUUGGGCAGCAUCUGCCUCAUGCCUUUUCCCCGGUGCGGUGCUGCCUUGUGCUCGCUGCCUGCUGUGCUGGCUUUUAGACAGUUUCAGUUUCCUAAAAAGCAGAGGCUUUCCAAAACUGCAGCAGGGGCCUGAGUGAUAGUGCGGUGGGGAGGGCGUCGCCCUGCACACAGCUGAUCCAGGUUAGUUUCCUGGCAUCCCAUGUGGCCCCAAGCCCACCAGGCGUAAUUUCUGAGCACAGAGCCAGGGGAGACCCUGAGCAUCACUGAUUGUGGCCCAGCACCCUCCUCCCCCUGAAGAAAAGGAUCAAUCACUCGUGAGAUCUUGGGGUU